CGUGCCGCCGCGGUUUGCACCGACUCCCUCCCGUCUGUGAAGGCAGCACCAGCCCACUCGUGAGCGCCGUGUUAUAUUAACCACGCUUUUGUCGGGGGGGACAAAGAAAAGCCCCUCCCUGCUGCUGAGCUGGGGCUUUCAGAAUGGCCUCUUGCCAGGGGAGGCUUUAAAAGGGUGGGGGCGCGUGGCUCUUCUCACUCUCAGGCAGGACAACCCAAGGGCAUCAAAGCAAGACAAGAUGACUCACCAUUGCACCAAGUUCUCUGGCCACUGGAAGAUCAUUGUCUUCGAUGAGGAGUGCUUCCAGGGCCGCCGCCAUGAGUUCACCUCUGAGUGCGGCAACGUGAUGGAGUUCGGCUUCGAGACCGUGCGCUCCCUCAGGGUGGAGAGCGGAGCCUGGGUGGGUUAUGAGCACGCCUCCUACCAGGGACAGCAGUUCGUCCUGGAGAGGGGAGAGUACCCCCAGUGUGAUGCUUUUGGCGGAAGCAAUGCCUAUCACAUUGAGAGACUGACCUCCUUCAGACCUAUUGCCUGCGCUAACCACAGAGAGUGUCGUAUGACAAUCUUUGAGCGUGAGAACUUCCUGGGCCGUAAGGGUGAGCUUAGCGACGAUUAUCCCUCCCUCCAGGCCAUGGGCUGGUGCAACAAUGAAGUUGGCUCUCUCAGGGUCCAGUCUGGAGCAUUCGUGUGCUACCAGUACCCUGGUUAUCGUGGAUACCAGUAUAUCAUGGAGUGUGAUCGUCACUGCGGGGAGUACAAACACUUCAGGGAGUUUGGCUCCCACUGCCAAACCCCUCAGAUCCAGUCCAUCCGCCGUAUUCAGCAGUAA